GCACAUGUAGAUUCUCCCGGGGUACCGUAACAUCUCUUGCGAUGCUACGCGCUCUUCUUUUCUUCCUUCCUUUUCCUUUUCAUUUUUCACCGGCAGACGGUAAUCUACGACUUUGCCGUAUGGGUCAUCCCUCUCUCUUUCGGAAAUCGAUGGCAGAGGAAACGAGAUACGGAUUAAGAUUCAGAUUCGUAUAUGAAGCGCCGGCGAAGGAAAUGACGGUCGAUGGACGAUUUCGAUGCUAUCGUCAAUAUCAUCCACGGCAUCGAAGCUAUUCCGCGGAUGGCCGACCACCUGGACGCGGUCAGAUGAUUGUCCGUUACCACAGCUUGUCGUUUUAGCGAAGAUUUUGUGCAUCCUGAUGGUGGUGAUGUGCGGGGCGGCGCCGACGAUGGUGCGCUCCGUGAGUCUCCACGCGGUUUGCAGCGGCCGCAAUGUUACCGUAAUAGGCCGCACAGUCACAGCCGAGCAACGCAACGAUAGCAAUGCAGCCUACCAGGAACUCUCCACGCGAUCGGAGGACUUCAGUAGGCAGCUGUACAUCUAUGCGGAGAAGAGCCAACGAUACAUUUGCUUCAACAAGCGGUGGAAACUCGUUGGCUUGCCGAAGGAACAGAAGGGACCGAUGUGCCAGUUUUUCGAGGUGUACCACGACCAGUAUCUGAGCUACAGAAGCGUCGUCGACAAGACGCGGUACAUCGGCUUCAACAGCCGGGGCAAGCCGAUAAAGAAACCCCACGGCAGGAAGGAGUGCUUCAACUUCAUGAAGUACAACCCCCACGUCGACAUAAGCCACCACAACAGCCUGGUGAACUCGCAGAUGGGCGGCAUGGAGCCGCGGGAGCCGUUCGUCGUCUCGAGGAAACCGUCGCCGGUCACGAGGGCCACGAAGAACUUCCUGCUGCAGGCCGACAGCGCGAGGGACCACGUCCAAACGCCCCCGCACCGUCAGCGGCACCUGAGGAAUCGCUGGAAGCAGCGCCAGAACGGCAAGAACUCGGCGCCCCGAAGACGGCCGGAGAACUGCUUCGUCGAGGCCAGCAAGUAAUGAGCCGCCAAGGUACGAGCUCGCCGAUCAAGACUGCCUCCUCCAUACCCCGUGAGAACCUGAGAUGCCAGACUGCCAAAUACGCCGGUGGAACGUACGGUCGGGAUGUCAGGAGCCCACUUAGCGGCGCCCCGUGAAUCGCGACUCGAAGCACCGUGUACUCGUUCGCGCGAUCGGUCGCGAGGCUGAGCGAGGGCGCGGCACGCUCCGGCCACGACAUACACCCCCACGCGGCCGUCGUAGCUGCGCGCGAUGCCGUUUCAGUUUCCGUUUCCGUUUCCGCCCCGGUGCCCCGAAGUUCCCGCGACGCCGCGCCGCGCCCGCGCCGCGCCGCCCGCGCCGCGCCGCGUCGCGCCGUCGUCGGAGAUUACGUGUCCGGAUCGUGGGAGGGGGAGGGGGGAAAAGCGUGCGCGCGCGCGCGCGCGUGGAUUCCCGCUCUGAUAAAGCUAUCUCAAUUUCACGCGGUUAAGUUCGAUUUACACUUGCCCCGACUGACCCCCUUCAGGCAAGUAUGUACCUCGAUAACGAUAAGAGCGUUCCUUCUUAUUCUUUUUUUUUUUUUCUUUCCUUUUCUUUUCUUUCUCAUCGUUGAUUCGCGCGAUUGAAUCGCCCUGGCUCUUUCCUACUUCCCCGCCCCCCCUUCCCUCUCUCCCUUUAUUCACUCACUCUCGACUGUUAUCUCUAUCGGUCUCUGUCUUACCCCUUUCGUUUUGUCCCUAUGACGAAGAGAACGCGUGGCCGAUUAGUAUACUUUUUUUCUUUCACCCUCGCGAUAUCCCGCGCGUCGCGUCGAGAGAGCGCGCGAGCGCCUCGCGUCGAGAGAGCGCGCGAGCGCGCGCGCGCCCGCGCGACAGCCAGCCAUGCAGCAAAUUCCUUCGAGCCGUUGUCGUCCGGUUCGGAAUCGUUUUGACAAACGCGUACGAGGAACUAGAAGACGGACAGAAAGAGAUUCACGUUUAGUAGAGAUCGCGCGCGUGUGUGAGUGUAUGUGUGCGUGUGUGCGCGCGCGCGCGCGCGCACGCGCGCGUGUGUGUGUGUGUGUGUGUGUGUGUAGCGCAACCGAACGGCUGCUGUGCUUCGAGCGCGGUCACCGGUCCGCGAAUGCAGCGGCGAAGAGACGCGCGGACGCGGCGCACGCCGGACGAACACGUGUGUUUCCCACCGGGACUCGCCCACAGCGCAGGUGAUCCGUACACUUUCGACCCGUCGUCUAUAUCCGGUCGGACGCUCACAAACGCGAGACAGCCCGAUUUCGCAACACCGACGCGCGACUUUCUCUUUCUCUCUCUUUCUCUUUCUCUCUCUCUCUCUCUCUCUCUCUCUCUCUCUCUCUCUCUCUCUCUCGCCGCAAAGCAAAAUAUAUCGCGUGCACAAUUCGCAAAGUCACGACUCUCCCGAGCGACAUCGGCGCGGCCGUCAAUGUGGGAGCUCGCGAUGACGAGUGCUGCGAGACACUAGCAGAGGCAACGACGAGGUAAGUCGCGCCGCUUCCCCGUGGAAUGAUUCGAGCGUGCGAGUCGGCCGCGAAUCGGUAACAAAUCGCUCGGUCUGCAAUCGAACUCCGCCGCCGGCGAUGGACUUGUGCGCGUGUCGCAAAACGGAGAGGAAGCGCGAGCCCUCCGGAUGCGCGGAUCAUCGUCCUGCGGGCGAUUCGAGCGAGGACCUCUCUCUCGCUCGCUUUCAAACAGCGGCGCCCCGGCGAGGAAAUAUCCUCCGUCGCGUCGUCGCGGACCCUCGUUGUCGCUGUUAGGCUCGCUUGCGCAGUAGAGCUCACGCCGCGUAAGACUCUCUCGCUCGCUGUGCUAAUUAUGCCGCCUAACGUAGCGUGCGUGCGUGCGUGCGUGCGUAUGUACGUGCGUGCGUGCCUGCCCGCGUGUAUGAAUAAUGUGUGCGUGCCUACCUACUUGCGUGCGCGCGCGUACGUGCGUAUGUGCGUACGUGUGUGCGUGCAUGCGUGCGUUCUCGCGACAGACACGCAGACCUUACCGUCGCCGACGUGGCUACUGACACUCGCGGCACGAUCGAUCGUGAACGAUGUCAGCAACCGAGAGAGACCGAGAGACCGAGGUCCUUUGAAUUUUUCUUUAAUAAGCUCGAGGUCCUGGGACUCGUCGGCCGAUGAUUGGCGCUCCGGUGGAAUCGAGCCGACGCUUCCGUUCGUCUUUCUCGACGGUUAUCCGUCUCUCUUUCCCUUUUUCUGUUUCUCUCUCUCUCUCUCUCUCUUUCUCUCUCUCCCUUUCUCUUUUUCUCUCUUUACCUCUCUCUCUCUCUCUGUCAAAGUGGCACCACGUGUCAAAAGUUACCUACUCGAAAGACGCUUCAUCUCCUUCGCGCGAAGGACACGGGGAGCGUGAACCGCGGCGAGGAACGGUUCGUACUGCGUGCUUUCGCGCACGAGCGUAUAUUAUAUUUGUGUGCAUUCUGCGUGCGCGUACGUAAUUCGCCUUCGGAAAGUGUGUGAGUGUGUGUAAUAUAAUGCAUUAUCGUUAAUGAAAGUUAAUCUUUAGAACGCUAUCGCCGACUGUAUUAUUAGGCUAGAUACAUGAAUAUAAUGACGCGGUGGCGACUCGGCGAAGGGGACGUCCAGGGGAACGCCGAGUUCCACAUUCCCGCCGCGUCGGCGAGAACUUCUCGCGCGGCCUUACCUUUGCGUCUCCGCUAAUUCCUGUUUCUUUUCGUUUCCUCCUCGAAUCGACGGACGCCGCCACCCCAGGAGCGCCAACCGCCGUUGUUGUUGCGACUCGCAUCGGGCGCGAGGUGGAUACCCCUUUCCCCCUCCCCCCUCCCCCCUCCCCCACCAUCAUCCCCGGAGCGGUUCGUCUUCGCAGACUCGCCACGUAAGGCCUGCGCCUGACCCUUCUCCCAAAAAAGAAAAAAGAAAAAAAGAAAUCGCUCCCUAGGUAGCUUAUUUAUUGAAACCACGUUUAGAUUUUACGAAAGCUGAAACGCCCAAGAAGAACCCCCUUCGUUUCCCUAGUACGCUGCUCUCUCUCUCUCUAUCUACUAUCUAUCUAUCUAUCUAUCUAUCUAUCUAUCUAUCUAUCUGUAUAUGUACGUGUAUCGUUUUCGUUGCUCACCAUUUACCCUUUUCUCUCCCUUCCCCCCCGCCAUCUCCGUACUCCUUUCCUCAUUGUCAGUCGCGUCCUUUGAUGCAUUGCCAUUUGAUACCGCAACAUUGUGUGUCACAAUCGCGAAUCGUUCGAACGCGAUAGCGUCGAUUAAUUCUGUUCUCGAGAAGUAUACUUCGUAUCUCGGUUCGGCUUUUAUUUAUGUCCGCCUGCCGAAGAGGCAAUCUCGUCGGAAAUUUUGCGCGUAUCCAGAUGAACACCUCGCCGUCAGAAGGAGCAGUAUUCGAGCCACGCGUGUUUCUGCAACUUUCAAUUGACGUUUCCGUUUCAACUGACUCGUUUCACUCAUAGACUCGUUUCCCUUAAUUCGCGUCCAUUCACCUAUUCAUUUCGACGAUGAAAACUCCCGCUUCUCUCUCUCUCUCUCUCUCUCUCUCUCUCACACACACACACAAUGCCUGAAGAAAUACUCAAACAAUACCUGAUUAAUCGAAUUGCAUACGAGUGGCAGUGCAUAGAGAAGCUUAUUCCUACGGAUAAUGUUUGUAUGUGUCGCUAAAUGAAAAAAAAAAAAGUAGGGAGCAAUACGCACGUAGUAACGCCACGUUUCGUACGACGAAUCGAAGAUGUAAUUCAACGCGACGCGUUUCGUGUGCAAACCCGACAACUGUUCUUCUUUCCGAACGAUACCUCCUCGACACACACUUCGGCAAAAUCUGCUCUCUCGCCGGACCUCUCCUCACCGGAAACCACCUUCCUUUCGGACCGUUCCAUAUCGAAAUCUUGCUCCUCUCUCGGUGAUUCGUUUAUCGGCACGUGGCGAGUGCAGGUUAAGCACGAUAAGAUGUCGCGUGUAAACAGAAAUUAAACGCCAGCAGCUGAUCACGAGAAAGAAUAUAAAAUCCGACGCUUAAUUUAAUAACAGAUAACUAAUCUAAUGUGUAUAUGUAUUGUAAUGUAAUAUGGGUAUUGUAACUCCGCCUCGAAGAAGAUAAAAGGAAAAAAAAAAGAAAGAGAGAACAAAUUAACCAACUCGUUUUGUAUGUGUAUAAGCGUAGCGUCACGUAGCGACGUGCAGAGAAUCACACCGCGGCGUUUACGGCGAUGCGGAAAGAACGAUGCGGAACAAUUUUUAUGGAGUACGCGAGUCUCCUCGGAUACGAGAUACUUUGUCCACCGAUUGUCGCCCUGUGUAACGAAACGUGAAACGCAUGCGAUUCCCUGACCAGCGUCAUUCUCUCGCGACCCCGUCGUCAACGAAUGCCCGUGAUCGAGUCAUCCCGAGCCUGACACCGCGGGAUCCCGGAAUUCAAGCAAAAGAUUUCGUCGGCCCUUUUUGGCGCUCGUAUCCGUUUCUUCGUCUAUUUUUAUAUCAGCGGCAAUUUCGUUCUCGUCUCGUCCGCGUAACGCGCCUCCUCGGCGCAGCGCGCGACGCUGCCUCGCGAAUGUCCUCCUGCCUCUCUCAUCGUCGCGGUGACUCGAUCGCGUGGCAUCAAGGCCGUCAUCACACCACCCGCAACACCCCCACCCCCUGUCCCUCUCCUUUUUUUUACUUUCUCACCAUCGACGAACCAGAACGGCAGAUGAAACGAACGGAACACAAAAAAUGAAUCUGAAUACCCUAUAGGUAGAUAGUAUACAUAUUAAAUAAAAAAAAAGAAAAUGAUAAAAUAUAUAUAAAUAUUAUAUAUAUAAAUAAAUAUAUGAAAGAUGAUGUGUAUUGUAAGAUAUUUAAUACCGACUUGUCUUAGGCACACCCGAUGACGAUCGAUAACAAUGAAAUGAUGAUAAUAAUAAUUAUUACGAUAAUUGUUGUAUAACGAACGACGACGAUGAUGAUAUUCUACACUGUAAUUCGCGUUGUAAUAUAGAGGCCCACCCGUUACCCACUAAAUCGAUGUGUCGAUGUACCCCGGCCGUGCUGCGCUCGUGUGCGCGUCUCAAGGGGGAUGACCGCGAUGAGGCCGAGGGGGGCUGAUCGGGCUCUGCAGGUGCGUCGCGCUUUGGACGACGGCCAAUCAGCCGAACUGAGAUUUUUCUACGAGAAGGACCGGGAGCCACUUUCGUAACUGGCCGACGUUCAACGACCGUCGCACCCGAGACGGGAAAUUAGAUCGGUUUCGAUCUCGCGCGCACGAUUCUUCGCGCUGCUCGACGUUAAUCAUCCCGGCUGCAGCGAGAAGCCCACACACACACACACACACGCGCACACAUAACACACAUACAAGAAUACAUGCAUGACACAAACAAACACACACACACACACACAUACAUUACAUGUACGAUGCGCAGCCUAUUACGAACGAGCAUAGCACGGCCGGCAGCAACUAGCAAUAAUAUAACAUUCCAACUUAAAUCGCAUACGUACUGCGAAUUCUAAUACUGUGUGCCGCCGUACGAGAAAAGAAAAACACUGUCAAAUACACGCUCAUACACUGCUA